AUGGAAACGUGCAGAUUCGUGGUCAUCCUCCUCUCCUACUGCGUCUGCUCAGGCUCCUGCUACCCCUCGAGACCCCUAAACGAAAGAUCCACCGACCUAGCCUGGGAAGCCUGGCUCCUGAUCGACGACCAGAACCAAAACAAACAACACACCAACUCGGACGGCGUCCUAAGAAGACGAAUCACCCCCAAAUCGGUCUUCAUAGCCCCUACGUUCAGCCCCGAGUCCCUACCAGCUUGCGCCGAAGGCUACAACUCUGACGUCAUGGGAAGAUGCAUGAAAAUCAUCCGGAUCGACCCCGACAAGCAGUACGACUUCCUCAUCGAAAAGCUCAAGGAGAAGUUCAGCAGCUCCUUCGACUAUGAAGACGAGGAAGAGGAAGAGGAUGAGGUGGUUCCGACUCAGGGACCGCUGCAGCUGAACAUACCCCUAGAGAUAAACAGCGAGGACAUGAGAGAAGAGGACAGCGAAGAGGACACAGAGGUCGCUUUGAUAGUCUCCCCGACGAAAGCCAACCCCUACCUGGUUAAAAACAAACUGGACAAAAGAUACAGCGUUCUGGAUGACGAGCAAACGCAAGAAAUGUACCUGAAACAACUAGCAGAAGCAACGACUGUGCCACAAGAACAAAGCACUACUCCUGAAGAAACUCCCACCACAGAAGUAGCUACUACUGUGGAAGCUACUACAGCCACAGAAACUGACGUCACAGCAGCCCCUACUGGCUUAGAGCCUGCUUCAACGUCAGCGAGCUUCCAAGACGUUCAAGUAAGUACUGACGAUUCUUCCAAGCAAGCUGACGAUCCCUCGGUGUAUCUCGAGGUUCCCAAGAUAGGGGCGACUGCCUCCCAGGGGAUGUUCCUAGAGGUUCCCAAGGUAGAGGCCUCUCAGGGGAUUUUCAAUAGGAGGAACAGGGACCGUCACAACGGGUUGUUUUUCUUGCCUCCGGCUUGGAGUGAGGCUCAGACGAGCUACGACAAGCCGAUAGUGUUGAGGUUCUCGAGGAAGAAACUACAGGGUGACGCGAAAACUGUGCAAAACAACGAAUAUUAUAGGUCGAUUCCUACGGAUGAUUUCGCUUAUUUGUUCAAGUUCAAGCACAAACAGCUGAAUCCCAUUUGA